AUGGAGCAGCAAGUUAAGUUAUUUACUCGAGAGGAGUUAAAGUGCCGCAACACGCGCGACGAUGCAAUCCUCAUCAUUCACAAUGGUGUCUACGAUGUUACAAAGUUUCUGGAUGAGCAUCCCGGCGGCGAAGAGGUGUUGCUGGAGAAGGCGGGGCUCGACGCUACGGAACCUUUCGAAGAUGUCAGUCACAGCUCCGACGCGAGGUCGCUGAUGGCGAAGUACAAGAUCGGUGAGCUAGUGGAGGCUGACCGCAUACAGACCAAAGCAGCGUUUGCCCCUCAGUGGAGCAACGACCAGCCAAAGGAGCAGGGCAAUGUGUGGAGCGCGUGGCUGGUGCCUUUGGCGCUGGCGGUGGCCGCGACGAUCCUCUACCGGUACCUGUUCGCG